UGGAGCCCGCACCUCUCCGACGUUCCCGUCGCCGACCUCCCGCCGUUACGCCGAACCCUCGAACCCCGGACCCUGCGUCGUAAAGAGCGAAGAAUGGCGGUGGCCAACGUCCACUACAUCACUCGCAUGAAUAGCGGCUUCAAGGUCUACAUCCUGGAAGGGCAGCCCAGCCUGAGAACGGAGGACCGCCACCGGCACGUGACCAAUGAGAGGACGCGCCUGCCACCUGUCUGCCCAUCGAAGCGCAAGCGCAGCCCGGAGCGCGCCGCUCCUCUGGACCCGAGGCCCGGGAAAGUCCGAGGCCCCCUGCCGGCCCCGAAUCCGAGGGAGAGGACGCCGUUUAGGCGUGUUACCUGCAGCCUUCAUAGGCAGUCCAGCCUCAGUCCCCCCCAGGGCUCACCCACCUCCCCCCAGUAUGCGAUCGUGACGACCACCACAAGGAGCCCGAGCCAGAGCCCCUGCCACAGGCUGUCCAGCCCUGUCCACAGCCCAACCGGCCAGUGGCCGAGCCCCGUCUUUGAGAGUCCACCAAUGGAGGAGCCCCUGGCGCUAAUCAAGAAGCCAAGAUGCGCUGAAGCUCCGGAGGCCGACGCCAAGAUCCUAAGGAAGCCUGGCAGCCAGGUUCAGAUGCGUCCAUCUGUCAUCACGUGUGUGUCCAGGUUGCGCCCUGCCGACAAGCCCCCCGAGGUACAGUGCCGCUCCGCUACUGCAGUGACCUCCUGCCUCGCUUACGACCAAGUUGUUGAGGAGCACUUCCGCCGCAGCCUGGGCGUUGCCUACCACAAGGCCGACACCCGCCACAUGUCCGUCAGCGUCUCCGUGGAUGACCACUUUGCCAAGGCUCUCGGGGAGAAAUGGCUGCAGCUCAGGGCUUCCUCUUCCUCAUCUUACUCCUCGCCUUCCUCGUCACCAUGCAGCAGCCCCGGCUUCUUGCCCACUGUUGUUCCCAGCCCUUGCAGUCCUGGGAAAGGAGCAGAGGGUGGGGCCGAGGGAGGGGUUGCGGUCCAGACCGAGGGCAUUGUCACACCUUCCUCUCCCAUCCCUUCCUCUCCGGUCAAAUAAUACUCAGACGGUACGCACAACGAUUCGCCUGCAGGUGGGGGAACGAAGAGGUGAAAGAAUUUCCGGCGCCGCGUCCCCAAAUACUGCUGACCAGAGCGAGCCACGUGCCGUCGCCGCAGGGACAGCUGGACAAACGGAACAAUCUGGAGCUGGUCAAGGGAAGCAUGCAAAGAGCACUGAGCCCAGAGUGACAGUCAGCUGUCUGCCCAGCAGCCCUCAGGAGCCCAGCGCACCUCUAUCGCUUUGAGGGCCCCGGUCCGUGACACCCCACACCUUAAUGGUAUCACACUGUAGCCCAUCGCAAUUUCCACAAUGUCUCACUGUAUCUGCUCACAGUAAACUCUUGGCCCGUUUACCACUUCUCGCUGCGGCCACUCGCGAUGUUUCCGACAGCUCCCCACGUACGCCGAUGGGCCUCGGGGGGGGCCAUCCUCACAGGUGUCCGAAUGCAACCUGACCUUAUUCCAAUGAACCCGCUGAGGAGGAGAACCAGUGCCGGGAGUCACUACACAACACCAGAUUCUCUCACACUCUCUGUCCUCCAGCGAUGGACUGGUUGGAGGACCAUUCACAGGUACUAUUCUGGAAGCUCGGCAGAGCAGAAAGGGACAGGACCCAAAGCCCCGCCGAGGACACUUGAUCACCACAGUGAAAUAUUCCAGGAGAGACGUCAUCGAUUUAGCUCUCAAUAUCUCUUUCCUGGUGUACAGUGUACAGACUUCUAGAUGAACGAGAUGUUGAUAAUUGUGUGUAACGGUGUGUAAUAACUAUGUCCAUACUAUUGCCGUUACCAUUAACGUUACCGCGUGUAAACAGGUCGUCACCCACCGUUACUGUACCGUCUCUUGUGUUCCAUUAGAUUCCGGAGAUCGGUCAGGUGUGUUUGCGUGGGUCUGCAGCACUUUCGCAGUACUUCAUGUGACUCCUUUAAACCUCUGGGACUUUGGUGGUUCUCAGCGGCUUCUGGAAAUGCCACCUUCUCUUCAGGAGUUAUGGUGCUUGGAGCCCCAUUGCUCCCCUUCUGUGCUGCAGUUCUUUGACACCUCUGUCACCUCACACACGUCCACCCAGGUCUUACCUAACAGCCACCAGCAUGUGUGACUCUACUGAGAACUUCAAGUCUAUGACUCUUUCCCGUGAUGACAGUAGAUCUACUCCACCGCACUCUGGAAACACCGGGAAAUGACAGGCAUGUCCUGUCUGGGUCAUCCAGAGCAGCAUUACCUUAGUUACCUUAAAACACCUGUGAAAAAAAUGUCCUUUCUUUUCUGGAACCCACCAGCCGCAGGAGAUCCGUACUAAACGCUGAGACGCGCAGAGACUUUUCACGACAGCAUCGGCCGAUGGGAGAGCUCCAUACAGCUGGAUGUCUCUCCGAUCGGUUUGUGUUGCCUCCUUUUAUUUACAAGCUCACACACAAGUCAUCGCGAGGAACGGCAACACUUUCGAAACUUCCCUUGCGUCCGACGCAAAAGUGAUCUUUACUCCAAACAAAAGAAGUGUGUCGGGAUGCAUCCUACAGGUCGACAAAAUUUAUUUGCAUCUCGUUUCCCUACCAACAUUUUCCAUUGCGUUAAAUGGAACAUGAAGCCAAGGCACAACAUACAUUUUCUGAAAGUGUUGACUAGAGCAUAUUAAUCACUUGAACAUAUUAUUAAACAUAUUGACUACUAGAACACAUUUUUACACCACACACCUUACCUGUGCAAACCUGUAACAAAUUUACCUUUAACUGAGAACUUGUGAUCACAGAUGGCCAAUUCAAAUAUCGUGUGCCAUGUUUACUGUCUUAAUAUUCAGCUGGCUGCCUAAAGGAUCUAAAGUCAAUUCAAAUGUUUCAUGUAAAUACACUUGCUCUGUACCUGAAAAUUAAUGUUUUUAUGUUUAAUUUGCAAAUUGUUUGGGUGUUUGUGGUUCGAGGACCUGCUUGUCUCUAUCUGUGUGUGUGUGUUUUCCAUUCUGCUCUCUGUUUAUUUAUUGUGGGCAUCUCCUGGCUGGCAUCACGGUUGUACGCUGUAAAAAUACUCUUUUGAUAUGAACACUUAAACUUGCAGUUGUCCUUCACUGUAAAUAAAGGCAAAUGACACU